AUGGCGGACAGCAAUAUCUAUAAAGGUAGUAAGGCAGUAGUUACAGGAGGGACUGGAUACUUUGGAUAUAAACUCGGCUGUGCUUUACGAGAUACAGGAGCCGAAGUUGUGCUUUUUGACAUUAAAGAAUUAGAUCACCUCAGCGAAGGACUGACAUGUUUGAAGGGAAACAUAUGUAACAAGAAUGAUGUUGAAACCGCUUUAAAAGGAGCCAAGUUUGUCUUUCAUUCAGCUUCUUAUGGCAUGUCAGGGCGUGAACAGUUGAACAAAGACCUCAUCGAGAAAGUGAACGUAGAAGGAACAAAAAAUGUUCUUGAAGCUUGUAAUACCAAUAGUGUACCACAUCUUGUCUACACAAGUACCUAUAAUGUUGUAUUUGGUCAUGAUGAAAUAAGAAAUGGAAAUGAGUCGUUACCAUAUCUACCUAUGGACCAGCAUACAGACCAUUAUUCAAGGACAAAAUCAAUUGCUGAACAAAGUAUUUUGAAGGCAAAUAAUACAAAAUUAAGAGAUGGUAAUAUCUUAAGAACAACAGCCUUAAGACCAGCUGGAAUUUAUGGUGAAGGGGAACAGCGACACCUUCCAAGAAUAGUGUCUUACAUCAAGAAAGGCUUGUUUGCCUUUACUUAUGGUAGUAAGAACAGCUUGGUGGAUUUUGUCCAUGUCGACAAUCUUGUCAGUGCACAUGUACUAGCAGGUCAAGCACUGGUUGGCAACAUGCCUAAAGCAGCAGGACAGGCUUACUUUAUAUCUGAUGGAAAACCUAUAAAUAAUUUUGAGUUUUUCAGGCCAUUGGUUGAAGGCCUUGGAUACAUGUACCCCACUAUUAACCUACCAUUGUCCUUUAUUUACAUAUUUGCAUUUCUGACAGAGCUUGUUCAUGCUGUUGUUGGUCGAUAUAUUUAUAAUUUUCAGCCAAUGUUGACAAGAACAGAGGUACACAAAACUGGAGUCACACAUUUCUUCUCAAUCAAUAAAGCAAGAACAGAGCUGGGUUAUAGUCCAGUGGACCGUGACCUGAUGGGUGUGGUCAAGCACUUCCGAGAACAAGGCCAUGGAAAGAAGGUUCCUAAGAAGCAGUCCAGUCUUAAGUAUUUCAUAAUCAAUGUUUUAAUAGGGUUUGCUUUUGCCUUUGUGUUGAUGUCAUGGUUACCAAAAGUCCAUACGUGAUACACAGUCAUUGUUUACCAUGUGUUAUUUUAUUGUGUGAUUUCUUUAUUUUACUGGGAACCUGAUGAUAUGAAAAGCUCAAACCAAAACCCAGCCUGAAAAUGAAUCUCUGAAUCUUCGCAUCAGUUUUCUCAGUGGAACUAAAAUGGUGUCCCACAAACAACUAGAGUGCAAACAAUUAAUCUGUGAAACACUAAUUACUAAAUAGUACAAAAUAGUGCUAGUUAAACAAUAGAAAACAAUGGAAUUUGCAUGAGAUUGUGCUAUUUAGUAUUACUAAAGUUUCACAGAUUUACUGUUGUCACUCUAUGCAGUAUAUUUGAGUUUUAAAUUCUGAGAUAUUUUAAGUAAUAAGUAAUUUGUUGAGCUUGUGGGACAUAGCAACAGUAACUAUCGGGAGCCAGAACUUUGAAUCAGUUACACACAGAUUCUAAAAUUGGCUAUUCAAACUUUUCUAUUCAAACUUCUUCAAUCAAAAAAUGUACCAGUAUAUCACUCUCAACUGAAAGAGCAUCAAAAAGUGAGCACAGUGGUGGAUCCGAGGGAGGGGUGCAGGGGGUGUGCACCCCUCCCUGGUUCCACUCUGUGCCCCUACUUUGAAGAUAGCCAAUGCAAAUUGUUUUUUCCCUUUGAUUCUAAGGGGUGCACCCCUCCCUGGGUUAACUUUAUGCAGUGCACCCCUCCCUGAACAAGGAAAGUUCUACAGAUAUUAGUAUCAGAUUUUGCUGAUCAGUACUAGCCUUGUUUUGGUUUCUUCACAAUUUCCACUUCAGUAACUUCUAAAAUAAUUAUGACCAAUCUCGAGUGAUUUCCACUGCAGUUAAUAGCGCAGCGCACUGAUUCUAAAAAUAGCUUAAAGAUUCGGACAAACAUUGCAUCGUUUAACCGCUACGAGGAUUAUACGAACCGAUUUUAUUUUUACUUAUUAAACUCAGGAAUAAUUA